CGAUAUUGGGCUAGGUAUUAGUUCCUCAUUCUCCUCUUCUGCCCUCGACUGACUCUUGAUCAACAGAGUUCGACAAGGAGGACGCCCUCCAAAAGUACUACGAGCUCAUUCUCGCGGUUCUCCGUGUGAUCAAUGCCGCCGUCAUAGCGCGCGGUCGUCAGAACGAACAAACGGUAUUCCAAGCUCGCGAGUUCCUGAAGGAAAACAGGCAGACCAUGGUAUCGAUCUUCAAACGCAGUGUCAACGUGGGUGUGGGUAAAGCUCUAGAGGAGGACUUGACGGAUCUGGUGGACUGUUUCACCGUCCUGGUGAACUUCACCGGGUUCUUGGAGGUAUUAUAUGGAUAUUUUCCUUCUGCUAUGCCACUGGGACUUCAUGGCUAACGAUGCUGCAGUACGAAGACUCAACGA